GUCCAAACAAAGACCGGAAAGAAGCAACUCGUAGCCCUUUCCUUCUACUCUUCAUAGAGUUCAACAGCGCUCAACACCUGGCAAGACCUCUGUUACAGAUCUGACAUGCCAGGCAAGAUGCCUACUAUGAGCCGACAGGGGAACAUCUUCUUUCACGCCGACUUCAGCCUCUGGCAUCUUCUCAGGCUAGCGGAACGGCUCCGACGCCGACCGUGUACCUGCAACGACUCUCAAAUCCCCAAAGCGGGCGCUUUAAACUGGGCUAUAUUUCUUGAGUUUGAUGAUGGCGUCGAAUGGGUGUUUCGGGCGCCCUGCUCAUCCUACGCUGCCGCCCAAGGCUUCACCGGGCGUCUCCUAGCUAGCGAGGUUGCUACCCUCAAAUACGUCAGAGAGCACACUUCUAUUCCUGUACCAGAAGUUUUUCAUUACAGCCCCACCUACGAAAAUGACAUCGGCAUCCCAUUUAUCCUAAUGAGCAAGGCUCCCGGUCAUCCCCUUGCGAAGUACGACUGGCGAACAUGUACCCAUGAACCUUCUGGACAGAGCAGUUCUGCGACGCUUCCACGAGUUUUGACGAACGAAGACAAGAAGAACAUCAUGCGCCAGCUUGGAUGCUACGCUCGUCAGUUAUUCGGUCUCCGCUUUCCGACCAUUGGGUCGCUCUUCGAAGGCGACAAAGGUUAUUACGUCGACGAAUGUCUUUCUCCCGGGCACGUUCUAGAAGACCGGGAAACGAUUGAGGAUAUCCCGCGCGGUCCAUUUCAUCAGGAAGCAGACUAUUACUCCUCCCUCGCCGCAGCCCUUCAUCUUCAUGCUGAGCAGCUUCCAAUGGGCCACCAUUUCCUCCGUGCGCCUAUUCCCGUCCCACAAGAAUACCCCAACUUCGCCAAGUACUACGCCGCCACUGAUCGCUGGAAUGACUUCGCGGCCCUUGGGGGAAUAGUGGAGUCUAGCAUGAAUCGAUUACAGUAUUGCCUCGCGAGCCAGCUCCUUCAGGACUCUAUCAUCCCUUGUAUGGUACGUCCUGUUAGUCAAUCAGCUCCUGGCUUCCCCCUUCAUCACCACGACAUCAGCGUCCAGAAUCUGUUCGUAGACGAUGACCUGAACAUAACGUGUGUCAUCGACUGGGCGUUUUCCUCUACUGGCCCGCCAGCCCAACUUCUCGCCACUCCGGGCCUACCACAUCCUAGGGACUUGGUGUUGGAUUUAUCCCUGGUAAGUGCCUUCCGCUUCGGCUUCGAAACCGAGAAUAGGAAGAUUGGUGGGUGUGUAAUCGAGCCCAACUUCUGGAUGGUCGGCCAGAUGGUCUCACGGUUCAUGCGCUUGGUGAACCUGGAUGCAUUACAAGACUACAACCACCUGGAGGCACUCUGCACGCUUGUCUGGGAACCUAGGACUCCUGGAGAAGACUGGGACGACACCAAUAGUCUGCCAGCUCUAUUGGCAACACGAGCAACGAGCCACGAUGCGCUCAUACUGGCCGGUGAGCUAGCAGAUGACGACGAGGCUGAAAGCGAGAUCCGUCGGCGGGAGCAGGAGUACUUCGGCGCAGUUGGCGCUAAGAGACUAGCGUUAGCUCAUAAGGUGGCAGUUGCCGCCAAGAUGAACCCACGGUUUGUGGCAGAUAAGCGGCUCUGGCGUUGGAUUGAUGCAGUUACGGAGUAUUACGAUGGCGAGAUCUGAUGGGCUGGGGUUUGAAGGGUGUCACGGCCUCUCUCUGAAAGUACCUAGAAGACGAGUGCCAAAGGAUUCAUUCACAGGAGAAAACACCAAAGUGACUGGACUACUUCCAUCACUAGGCUACAGACCGUUCCAAAACCGCUUGACCCG